AUGGCGGCGGCGCGCGCUGGCCCCGAGGGAAAAAACCUCCUGGCCGGGUGUAAUGGGAACAAUAGGAGUACCUCUUAUUGUACAUUGUAUUGUCCUGUCUCCGCUUCAGAUGGUAGCACCGAGUUCAGGUGUAAUGGGAACAAUAGGAGUACAUAUUGCUGCACCCUGUGUUGUCUUGUCCCUCCUCCAGAUGGUAGCACUGAGUUCAGGUAUUUGAGCAGUAGUGAUGGUCGUACCUUUGCUCUCAGUUUUGUCAACACUCCUAGGAGACAAGCUAUCUCCUGGCAGGAUUUGGAACAAUUCACUGUGAAUGGCUUACAGAAUCCAGUCUUAGCUCCAUUGGGUGGAAACCUGGAAAUCAGUUGUCAGUUAUCUCCACGACAACAAGCACAGCAUAUGGAAAUUCGCUGGUUCCGGAAUCGCUAUACAGAGCCGAUAUACCUGUAUAGGAAUGGUAAAGAUCUGCUUGGAGGAACUAUCUCCAAGUAUGUUGAGCGAACUGAACUCCUAAAAGAUGACAUUGGAAGAGGUCAAGUAACCCUCAGGAUCUUUAAUGUGACUGCUGAUGAUGAUGGGCUCUACCACUGUUUCUUCAAAGAUGGCAAAUUCUAUGAAGAGCAUAUCACAGUGGUCAAAGUAAUAGCCACAAGCUCAGACAUACAAAUUUUUAUGAAUGCCCCUAAUUCCAAAGGUGUGAUGUUGGAGUGUCAUUCAGGAGGUUGGUUCCCAGAGCCUCAGAUGGAAUGGAGAGACAGCAAGGGAGAGAUCAUCCCAGCUACAUCAAAAUCCCAUUCACAGGAUGAAAACAAAAUCUUCACCAUAAAAAUGGCCCUUCUUAUUAAAGACAACUCCCACUUGAAUGUCACCUGCUACAUUCAAAAUCUUGUAACUCACCAAGAAGAAAGUAUAAGUAUUAUACUACCAGGUGAACUGUUUUCAUGGAAAACUCUUUGGAUAAUGAUUCUGAGUACAUUGCCAUUUGUGCUGAUUGCCUUCCACAUGACAUACUGUGUUAAAGAACAUGUAAUACACGGUAACUGCUCUAAGAGAAUUCCUCUUUGGAAAAAGUGUGCAAUGGACGUCAUAGUUUCAGUGUUUGCAAUUACAGGAGUCAUGCUUAUUUUGCAUUUAAAACAAAGAGAGUUACCCCCAUCUUACCCCUGGUGUGAUCUAGGAAGACAUUACCUUCUUGUGAUCACUGCAGCUGUGGUCCAGGAAUGCUAUGCCCAUCCCUGUGCUAGUGCUAGACUGGCACUCCCCCAUGGCCCUCAUUCUCCACAGGUAAGUCUUGAGGCUUUUCCUGUCAAUCCUGGCCCUGAUGCAGUGAUUUGGCCCUGUAUUCCCACUCCUCUGGCUGACUUAGCACCAGUCAGAAAAGUUGCCAAUGAUUCUGGCCCAGAUUCCCCUUAUUUUGAACAAGUAAUGAAGCAGUGGGCCACGAACAUCCAGACCUAUUUUGAUUGGUAUAAUCUCCUUAAGGUGGUAUUUGACCUUGUGGUGUUUCUUAAUUAUAAGUCUAAAUAUCUUGACUUGGCUGAGUAUCAAGCUAAGAUUAACCUAGAGUGUAAAUUCAAUGUUACUUUUGACAUACUUACUGGCCAUAGGACUUACAUUAACCCUGUCACCCAGGCCCCUAUUGAACUGUGUACUUAUUUUAACCAGGAUGCUGACAUUGCCUUUAAGGCCCUUAAGGCCUGA